GGGUACUGGCGUACGGGUGCACGGGCACAGGACGCACUCGACACCACGGGUCCCUAGAGCACCCACAGACCCCUCUAGUGCGGACAGGAAGACCGGAUACCCUGGUGACCGAGCUGGGCCUGGCCAUUGAGUCCUGGCGUAAGGAGACAAAGAGCCUCAGACAGAAUGCUCCUCUAUCCAUCUGUCCUUCUUCUGUGGGUCCUACAAUCUGGGAGGAGCAGGAGCACGACCACGAGUCCCCUCGUCACUCGCCACCCGGAACAUGAGUCUCUGACGUCACCCAGAGCUUCAGAGGCGAGCCUCAUCAGCGCAGAUUCGGCCUCACUGGAGACUAAAAUAAUUACAUUUCCUGUGGCGAAGACUGUCACUGGAGAAGCGACAGCUCCUACAAAGACUCUCAUCAGUACAGAAGAAGCUUCGGUGAUCAGUCCCACGAACACAGAGACAGCUUCGGUGAUGAGUCCACUAAGCACCGAUGCAGCGCCAGCGAACAGACCGACAGGCAUAGAGACAGCUUCAGUGAUGAGUCCACUAAGCACCGAUGCAGCGCCAGCGACGAGCCCGACAGGCAUAGAGACAGCUUCAGUGAAGAGCCCGACAGGCAUAGAGACAGCUUCAGUGAAGAGCCCGACAGGCAUAGAGACAGCUUCAGUGAUGAGUCCACUAAGCACCGAUGCAGCGCCAGUGAAGAGCCCGACAGGCCUAGAGACAGCUUCAGUGAUGAGUCCACUAAGCACCGAUGCAGCGCCAGCGAAGAGCCCGACAGGCCUAGAGACAGCUUCAGCGAAGAGCCCGACAGGCCUAGAGACAGCUUCAGUGAAGAGCCCGACAGGCAUAGAGACAGCUUCAGACAGACACCCGGGAGCACAGAGGAACUGCGGCAGUCCGGUGGGGAACAUAGACACCGGCCGAGCAGUACUUUACAGUUACUAAAGAACCUUCCACAGGAAAAGACACAAAACCUGUGCUGCAGUACACACAUUCACGCAUUUUACGUGUGAAAACAUCCCUCACACCGUAGGAACACACGUACUAACUUCUUUGCUCAAACAUUAUGGAGUUAAAUUCAGCCAACAGCCACCUCAAAAACCCCAUCACCACCCCCACCUUCCGCCCAAGGUAACCAUUCGUGAGCCGGAGGUCACACGUCCCCAAAUAAAGCAGCAGACAUGGGGGGGGGGCAGGAAAUGUGUCACUAGGGCCUUGUGGUUCCAGCAGCAGCACACACAGGUCCCCUCUUCACAAGGCUGCCAGCCCUCCUGCCCUCAGUCCGUCGUGAGCUUCGCCGCUGCUUACCGACCCCACAGCGACCCUCUCGCAGACCUCCAACCCCCACAGACCGAGCAGCCGCACCCGAGGGACGGUCCCUGUCACAGAGAAGCAUGGACGGCCGCAAGCUCCACCACUUCGUGUGCUUUGCUGUCACUAUGGGAUUGGUAGCGUGUGCCAGCGGUAAUACCAACAUAACGUCAGCUGCGACUUCAACUGCCACCGAGAGCAAGCCAACCGUGAAACCUCCACCUCCGGUCAGGUCCACAGUCAGCUCCACCACUACAAAAUUAGACACAGUCAACUCCACAGUCAACUCCCCCACCACAGAAUUAGCCCCAACGUCUCGCUUCACGUCUUCCGAACCGGCCCCAAGCAACGCCUCAACCCCCUCCGUCCGCACGACGGUACCGUCCGAAAGCAAGAGCUGCCCUACAGAGCUUGCCGAGGUGAAACAUCAGAUGGCCCUCUUCCUGAUCAUCGCGGGCGCGCUGCUCUUCACCUGCGUCGUGCUGCUGGUCACCGUCACGGCGCUGGCCUGCGAGGUCAGCCACCUGAGGGGCCGGCUGAGGGGCAGCCGCCCGGCCCAGAGCAACGGCGCGGGCCUCUGGGCCGGCGGCCGAGCGGGCGGAGACGUGGCGGGCGUGGGCGCGGGCGAGACCAGCGUGAUGCUGGAGGAGGUCACCCCGAUCCAAAACAAGGAGGAGGCCGACCGCGGACCGACCGCGGCUGCGGCGGCGGGAACGGAAGCGGAACCGGAACCGGAACCAGAACCGGCCCCAGCCGCGGACCCAGACCCCGUGGAGAGCCCGAAAACGCCCACUGCAGACAAGGCCUAGAUCAUAUGGGGGGGGUUGUAAGGGGGGCAGUGCUGGGCCUCCAGGAAGGAGGAGCGGCACAGCCAGGCCUGGUCUGCAGCUCGCGUGCAGUGCGGAUAUUAAACACGGGGCCCGGUGGAGGGGACUUCCGUCACCCACAACGAGCGCUCAUCUCUGCUGGACUGCUUGCCUCUUUUCUCAUUUGCUCUUAAACUCUUUCGCUUUCUCUCAGCACCAGCAAGAUAUGACUAACAAGCACCGGACUGUCACCGUACAAAUCAAUGUGUCCUCUUGCAUAGAGGAAUUUAUGGGAUGUCCUUGUGUGCAGUGCUCUUAUCCAGCUAGCCCUUUUGAUCAAAAUAAAGUAUUAUAGUACCACCGCACUAGAUACAGAGAAUGAUAUAUAUAUUUUUAAGAUUACAAUUUAACUAAUUUUGUGCUUUUAUUCUGAUGCAGUAAAUACAAGAGCUUGGUCGUUUCAUGUACACUGUAGUCCUGAGGUAGCCUUGGCUAAAGGAUGAAGCUGCUUUUCACAAGAGACACCACCUUCAGCCAGUGGUUAAGCAAGAGGCUAUUAGCAACAAAAAUAAUUUGCAUUGUCCAAUAAAAAAAGAAUACAUAAUUCAGUUGCUGUGGAUUCAAGUGAAACAGGGCCAAAACUUGUGACUAAAUGAAGUUUCAUGUGUGAGUUUGCCAAGUUACAUGACUCACUCUUAUUGUGGAGGGACAUUUAAUCAUAAUGCAAUUGCAAAAACAUUACCAAGUGAUCUCCUGCAAAUCUGCUUGUCUUUUUUCCAUAAUGUGUUAAAAAACAUAUUUGAUAUGUGAAUAAACUUUCUAAUGUAAAAACACUGUU